AUGGGCGGAAACAAGAAGAACACCGGGAAUGCCCCUGGUAACGUUAUCAGCCAAAACACUCCCGCUCAACAAAGACCAGUUUCUCCAGGAAUUCAAAUCAAGGGCUUUGCCAAUACCCUAAUGGCAAAGGAAAACAAAAACCCCAACGUUCAACCUUCUAGCUCAGGGGUCGCUGCCGCCGCUAGUACAGCAACUCAUCGGGUGGGGAGAUCAAGUGUGUUGUAUGUUCCAAACCCUGCCGGAGUCAAAACGGUCUAUAAACCUAUCAUUACCAACAAAAACGGGCCGCUGGAAACGUCCAAUUCAACUCCAAGAGGCAGCAAUGCCGUAAAGGGGAGUGUUAGCACUGAAGCGCAGACUAUAAAGUCUGGAAGAGAAAUUUCCAGUGUGUGCGUAAAAGCUUGUCACAGAGCUGCAGUCGACCCACAGACGCUAUUGAGAAUGAGAUCAACGUCGCCAAGCAAGUCAGGCUCCGAAAAAAAUACACAAUCCUCUGUAGCUUCCAAAUCAAUGGGAGGGAGCAUGGACAACGUCACGGGCACCGAUACCACUCCAUCCGGCAAAAACACGAAAAAGAAACGAAAGACCCGCAGAGCAAAUAAAAAGAAUAAGUCACCUGCUGGCGAUCAGCAGUCUGAAGUUGAUGGAGACGAUGAAAGUAGCUCCGAGUCUGACUCGUCGAUCGUGCCGGAGCAGCCUGUACUAUCCGAGGUACCUGUAAGCAAGCGGCCAAUGACGGCCGUCGCAACAAAAGAUAGACCCGCUCCUGAUAUUAGAAUCGUGGGGAUAGAUGUGAAGGGCCAAUCGAGCAAAUGCAGUAGCUUGAGCAGCAUUGGUUCAUCUGCAGCCAAAAAUACAGGCCCGUAUCAAGCCGAAGCUGUUGUCCCAUCUCCAGCUAAAGAUGAUGCCUCAUCUUUAGCUAAGGUUGCUACCCCAUCUCCAGUCAAAGUAAUUAUUUCAAAAGUAGCCAAAAAUGUAAUCCCGCUUCAAGCCAAAGAUGUUGCCCCAUAUACAGCCAAAGCCAUUGUUUCAUCCCCAGCCAAAGCUGUUGUUUCACCUUCAAACAAAGUUGCUGCUUCAUCUCCAGCAAAAGCAGUUGUACCACCUCUGGCCAAAGAUGCUAGCACAUCUCAAGUCAAUGAUGCUGCUUCAGCUCCAACCAAAGAUGAAGGGUUGCAUCAUCUGCAGGCUGACAGAGCAAAAGUUGCCAAAUCCACGGCGCCCAACAAUGAGCCUGAUGGGAAGUAUAGUAACAGCUCCGAUAACAGAGAAGUUGAAGAGGCGCUCACGGCGCUAGGAAGCGGGCAAGGACCAAGUGUUACAACUCCCGCCGCGAAGAAACGCCGGCCUCGACCUAGCAAGGCAGAAAAACUACUGAAGCAGCAAAAAGCUGCUGAAAAAGUUGCUGAUUCAAUGCUUCAACAAAACACCUUGGAAGGAGGUUCUGAACCCUCUGGAUCAAAGGAUGGUAUUUCUGAGUGUCUGACUAUAAGCAAGACGGAUACCCCAUCAGAUGACGAACUUACAGUUGAAAAGGUGGCUGACAUUUUUGGAAGCCAUAUCGUACCCGAGCUGGCCAAGCUGGAGGACAUCAAGGCUUUAAUGCUUAAACAAAUCCAGAUUAUCUCGGGCAAAACUCAGUUGCUUAAUAAAUAUGCCAAGGAGAAUGGGGCGGUUCGGAAAGCUUUGGAGGAAUGCAACUCAACCAUCCUGACCUUGGAAGAGGACAAGACCGUGCUGGAGACGGAAAUCACGUUAAUUAGAGAGACGAUGAGAAUGUGCCGGGGGGAGAUGGAGAGUAAAGACGCGUUACUCAAAUCUGCUGAUCAGGACAACUUGCGGUUGAAGGAGGAUCUUGAUGCCCGCAGUAGGCUGCUUGAAAUCAUGAGCAAAGAUAGGAAGGGUGUGACAAAAUCUGUAGCCGAUAUGCAAAAGGAGAUAACCCAAGUGAAACAGGAUGUGGAUCGCCUAUCCGAAGAGAACCUUGGGCAUCUCGCCAAGAUCGAAAGGUACGAACAGGAACGUAAGGUGCUCCUGUGGCAGGUGCAUCAAAACCCAGCGCUGGCGGAAAAUAUUCGCUUGGGAAAUGAACUACUGGAGAAAAAGGCGGAGCUUGCUGUCGCCAAUCAAAACGUCGAGGAUUUGGAGAGAGAGUUUACCGCCCUGAAGAAGGCCGAAAAAUAUGUAAAAGGAAAACGCACCUCAUUAAGCGCUGAGUUGGGUUCAAAGUUGGAGGAAGACCAGGAGGAGUGGCAGCCCUGUAGAGAUCAAAGGGGUGUGGAUAGAAACCCCUUCGCCGCUAUGUCUCCACCAGUCAAAAAACACUCACUAUUCCAAUUUGGCGAACCAACAACUUUCGCGAGCGGGAUUGCGACACCCGAGAUCAAGUUCCAAAUGCCGAAGGCGUUUCUGCCCGAGUUGAGGGAUAUAAGCAGAGGUUUUGGACCUUCCUCAUAUCUGAGCGCUGGUACCCAGAUGCAUAUUGAACCUAACGGAUCUAGCUCAACUAAUAAAAGCAAGGCGGAUAUGUCAGAGGUUUCCACGCAGGCGGAUUCUGAGUUUGAAGUUCGAAGCUUCACUCAGCAAAGCUCAGGAGGCGUAAUGGAAGCUUUCACAGAGACAGAGGUAGAUGCUGGAACCCAGAAAGUGGAGAUGUUGGAAGCAUGUACGCAGACGGAGGCAGAGGUUGGCAUUCAGAAGUCGGAGAUGAUGGAAGCGUUAUCACAGACAACGACUGACCUUAGCAUCUCCAGCUCAACGCGGGCAAGCUCAGUGGCCGUGUUUGAAGCUUCCGUGCAGACGGAGGUUCUGGUCGAUGUACGCAAGGUGGAAAUGUUGGAAGCCUCAACACGGACAGAGGUAGAGGCUAGCACUCAGAAAUUGGAGAUGGUGGAAGCGUUUACACAAACAAAGACCGUGUUUGGUAUCUCCAGUUCAACUCAGACAAUCUCAGCAGGCGUGUUCGAAGCUUCCAUGCAGACUAAGACAGAGGUUGACGCUCAUGAGGUAAAGACGUUGGAAAUUUCUGCCCAGACACAGGCUGGGAUUACAGGCGUGACAGAUGCCUCAGUUCAAACGGAGCACGUCAACAUCUCACGGCGAAGUGGGGUAAGACGUGGUAUCAUAAUCGUCAUAAUGAUGAUUGCCUGGGCGGUUAUGACACUCUGGAGCCAUAAGGAGGAAGAGCAAAUAUGGCUUGAUGCCAAUGAUCUGUCGCGGUUUGCACUUAUUGGUAUUAGGGAUGGGACGAUGGGGCCAUACGGCUGGCUUGAGCGGUUGGAAUUUGAUUUCAAAGUUUGGUUGCAAGCCGAUCGGGUGCUCCCUGGCUGA